AUGGCGAAGCUUGUCCAGGCGCUUUUCUGCACGCUGGUGGUUCUGCUGCUCUCCAGUUUUACCACGGCAAAAACCGUCACGUACGACUUCAAUGUCAGCUGGGUGAAUGCCAAUCCAGACGGGUUAGCAGAAAGGAAAGUCAUCGGCAUCAAUGGACAAUGGCCGCUGCCCGUAAUCGAGGUCGACAAGGGCGACCGGCUCGUGGUCAACAUGUUCAACGGCCUGGGCGACAAGAACACCAGCAUCCACUUUCACGGCAUGUUCCAGACAAACACCAGCAACAUGGACGGCCCGUCGAUGGUGACCCAGUGUCCGAUUCCUCCGGGAUACAGCUUCACCUACAAUUUCACCGUGAACCAGAACGGUACCUAUUGGUACCACUGCCACACCGACUUCUGCUAUCCCGACGGCUACCGCCAGGCCUUGAUCGUCCACGACAACGACGCAUAUUUCAACGACGACUACGACGAAGAAUUCACCAUCACCACUAGCGAUUGGUAUCACGAAUUUGUCGAGGACAUUCGCUUUCUGUCGCUGUACAAUCCCACCGGCGCUGAGCCAGUCCCCAAGUCCUUCCUGUUCAAUGACACCCAAAACUCCAGCCUGCCCGUCAAGCCCGACACGACGUAUCUGAUCCGCUUGAUCAAUAUCGGAGCCUUUGUGUCGCAGUUCUUCUACAUCGAAGAUCACACGUUCAAGAUCGUCGAGAUAGACGGCGUGUACACGGAGCCCACCGAGGCCGAAACCCUGUAUAUCGCAGUUGCUCAGCGAUACAGCAUCCUCCUCACGACCAAGAACUCGACGGACAGGAACUACCCCAUUGUGACGGUCGCCGACUCAGACCUUCUCGACGUGAUUUCUCCUGACCUCCAGUUGAACAACACCAACUGGCUGCAAUACAAUGCCGAGGCGGCCCACCCACAGGCUGUCAUGAAGGUCGAAGCAUCGGCGGACCUGGUGCCCUUUGACGACAUCACGCUCGUCCCGCACGACCACAUGGAGCUUCUGCCGGAGCCCGACUUUGAGAUCAACGUGACGGUCAUCAUGGACAACCUUCGCAACGGAUUCGGCUACGCAUUUCUAAACGACAUUACCUUCACCAUGCCGAAAGUGCCGACGCUCUACACGGUCAUGUCCUCGGGCGGGUUGGCCACCAACGAGGCCAUCUACGGCGAAUACACGCACCCGAUGGUGCUGAAGCAUAACGACGUGGUGCAGCUGGUGCUCAACAACGCCGACAGCGGCUCGCACCCGUUCCACCUGCACGGGCACAACUUCCAGGUCAUCGACCGCGCCCCGCCUUAUGGGGAGCACUUCUACGACUACCUGGCUGGCGACCCGGUCCCCUUCGACCCGGCCAACCACUCUGCGUUCCCAACCUUCCCGGCCCGGCGCGACACUUUCGUGCUCCCGCCCCAGGGCUACUACGUGAUCCGCUUCGUGGCCGACAACCCGGGCGUGUGGAUGUUCCACUGCCACAUCGACUGGCACCUGUCGCAGGGCCUGGCCAUGGUGCUGAUCGAGGCGCCGCUCGAGAUCCAAAAGACGCACCACAUCCCCCAGCAGCACUACGACGUGUGCCGCGCCGCGGGUGUGCCGUUCGAGGGCAAUGCCGCCGCAGAUACCCAAUCCCUGUUCGACCUCAGUGGCCAGAAUACCCAGGAGCCGCCCUUGCCCGGAGGUUUCACGGCCCGCGGCAUCGUCGCCCUCGUGUUCUCGUGCAUCAGCGCCUUUCUUGGCAUGGCAUUCAUCACCGUCUACGGCCUCUCUGAGCCAAAGGUCGUGCAGAAGGAUAUUGACCCCGUCAACGACGACGGUGACGAGGACGUCUUGCACGAGAAUGUCACCGCCGCUGGCGGUGGCGGUGGUGGCGGUGGUGGCGCUCCUGCUGCGGGCGUGGAGCCGAAAGUAGUCGCGGGUUAG